AUGGCUGCUAUGGAGUUCCCUGCAACUUUUAUUGGAUGGGUCAGAGCAUGUGUUACAUCUCCCAUGUUUUCUAUCAUGAUAAAUGGAGGAUUGGUUGGUUAUUUUCCGGGUGCUAGAGGGCUUAGGCAGGGAGAUCCCAUCUCUCCCUACCUAUUUUUACUAGUCAUGGAGGCUUUUUCCUCUCUACUAACUUGGAAUAUUGGUCAAGGGGAGUUCACUUUUCACCCUAAAUGUCAGGCUCUGGGGAUCUCUCAUGUUAUUUUUGCAGAUGACCUUUUUUUGCUUAGUGGUGCUCAGGAAGGAUCUUUGCAGAUUAUAUUGAGUACCUUAAGGGAGUUCCAUGGUUUUUCAGGCACUACCAAGUUAUCCUUUUCUGUUCUGAUGGGCAUUCCUGAGGGCAAACUCCCUGUUAAAUAUCUAGGAGUUCCUCUUAUUAGUACAAGACUCACUUCAACUGAUUGUUCUAUGCUUAAGGAGAAGAUUUUGGCCAGAAUUCAUAGUUGGACCCAAAAGUUUUUAUCUUAUGGGGGUAGGGCUCAGCUUAUUCAAUCUGUCCUUUUUAGUAUUCAAACUUAUUGGAGUUCAAUUUUUACAUUACCUCAAAGCAUUCUCAAAGAAAUAGAAGGGGUUCUUAGUGUUUUCCUAUGGUCCGGUGCUGAUCUGAACAUUCUGGAGCUAAGCCAAAAAGCAGACAAUCUAUGGGUUAAAUGGGUUCAUGUAUAUAUCCUCAAAGGACAGAGUUUAUGGGGGAUUCAGUGUCCUAGUGAGGCUUCUUGGGUAAUGCGGAAGUUGAUGAAGCUGAGAGCUACCUGCCAAAGUUGGAUUAGGUACAUAUCAUUGGCAAUGCAAUUUGGGGAGGCUGUGGUGACUAAUCGGGGUCUUGCUUUGCGUGCUAAAGUUGCUUCUAUUAUUGAUCAAGGACAAUGGAAGUGGCCAAGGAUAAGGAACAGAGCUGUAUUGAGCAUUAUACGGAAUACUCCUGAAAUUUUUUUGCCUUCCACCUCUGAUUGUGAUAAGGUUGUGUGGACCCUAACUUUUGAUGGCUCCUUCUCGGUGAAAUCUACUUGGGAGGCGUGUCGAAAGCGCAACACCAUCCAACCUUGGUAUAGCUUGGUUUGGUUUAGUCAAGGUGUGCUGCGUUGGAGUUUUAUAGAAUGGCUUGCCAUUCUAGGCAGGCUAUCCACUAGAGAUAGGUUGUUUAGUUGGGGUGUAGUUGUGAGCCCUCAGUGUGUGCUGUGCAUGGAUGAUGUGGAGUCACAUGAUCACCUCCUUUUUGCGUGCCACUUCUCUUCUGACAUACGGAAGCAAAUUCGGACCCAUAAUGGUAUUCACAAGGCUGUCUUGCCUUUAUCUCUAGAAGUUGCUUGGGCUGUGCAGAGUUAUGCUGGUAAAGGGUUUAGAAACACCAUUUACAAGGUGUCAUUAGCUGCUUCUGUUUACUUCUUAUGGGGGGAACGUAACGCCAGGAUAUUCCAGGGCAGAUCUAGGAGUGUUACUGAGGUUACUAAUGAAAUUUUUGAUGCUGUUCGUGCCAAACUCAGUUCUUGGAGUACGGUGACGUUCCAUACCCAAAAUAGGGGGUUGUGUGAGGAUUGGCUUCUUGAUUCUCGUAUUUUUGGGAUAAAUAAUUGUAGAUAG